GAAUUUAACCCUAAACCUCCCUCCAGAGUUCCCUCUUAGUUCUCGUACGCACGCCGAGUGUUCUCCUCCAGAUCUGCCCUAGCUUUCUUGUUGCCCGCUGCCUCCCCGCUUCCGCCCCCGCCGUGGUACUGGCGGCCGCCAUGUCGCGCCCACCCGCCGCCGCCCAACCCAACCAACCGAUGAACGCUGCGACCCCCACCCCCAGGCCCAACCCCGCCCCGAUCGCGUUUGCUGGCCCCUUCCAGCCCCCCGGCGUUCCGCGGCCGGCGCCGUACCCGGCGCCCUUCUACCAAACGCGGCGGCCGCUGGUAUUUCCGCCCGUCUUGCCACCCGGCACUUUCCAUGGGCCUCGCGUAUACCAGCCUCCACCACAACCGCCGGGUGGAUUCGGUCCGCACCCAGGCACCCCCCUUAACCCGUUCGGUCUUCCAGGCUUCCAUCCAAGCCACACAUAUCAUCCUGUUAGUGUGUUAUCACAUCAGCGGCCAGCGGUAAUUGAUGGAGCUUUUGGUCCUGGAGCCGUGACUAGACCACCUAUCACACCUGUUCCUCCAGCUAAUGUUUUUGGUCCUGGAGCCAUGACAAGACCACGACCACUUAUGACACCUGUUCCUGCAGCUAAUGUUUUUGGUCCUGGAGCCGUGACUAGACCACCUAUCGCAUUUGUUCCUCCCGCUAAUGUUUUUGGUCCUGGAGCCAUGGCUAGACCACCUAUCGCACUUGUUCCCCCAGCUAAUGUUUUUGGUCCUGGAGCUGUGACUAGACCACCUAUCGCACCUCUUCCUUCAGCUAACGUUUUUGGUCCUGGAGCUGUGACUAGACCACCUAUCGCGCCUCUUCCUCCAGCUAACGUUUUUGGUCAUGGAGCUGUGACUACACCACCUAUUGCGCCUGUUCCUCCAGCUAACGUCUUAGGUCAUGGAGCCGUGACUAGACCACCUAUGACACCUGUUCCUCCAGCUACUGAUUUUGGUCCUGGAGCUGUGACUAGACCUCAUAUCGCACCUGUUCCUCCAGUUAAUGAGCCACAAUUUAAAGUAUAUGUUGGCAAGAUUGCAUCAACAGUGGACAAUGACUUUGUUCUUUCUCUUCUUCAGGUCUGUGGAAUUGUAAAAAGUUGGGAUCCAGUCACAAAUCCAAUUGGUGGAACUCCUACUGGGUUUGGCUUUUGUGAUUUUGAAUCUGCCGAAGGCAGUCUUCGUGCGUGGCGGUUGCUCAACAAACUAAGAAUUGAUGGUCAAGAGCUGUUGGUUAAUGUCAAUGAAGCCACGAGCCAGCACCUUCAGAAAUACUGUGAGAAUACUACAGAAGAGAAGGCCAAUGAAACUGAUAUGGCUGCUAUGCAAACGAUACACAGUAUGGUUGAAGAGAGAAUGAGGUGUAAAUUUCUGGGUUCACCAAUUCAGUCUGUUCAGGCAUCUACAAGCAUCAGUGAUGAGAAAGGCGAUGGUCAUACAAGGAGUGGUGCACUGGAGGAAAGGACAAGCAAGAGACAACGUGAAAAAGAGGAACAUUUAGGGGAAAAUAAAGUUGUUUGUUUGCAAGGUUGGAAAGAUAAAGAAGUGAUUUCAGCUGGAAAGCCUUCUCUGCAAAUUGAUGCGAUAUCAUCAACGUAUGUUCCCAUGGAGCCUGAAUCUACAAUUGAACACGAGAGGAAACGUCAGCGCAGGGAAAUAGAUGGGUUUCAUAAGAGCAAUGGUGAAGGUAAGGGCAUUGUAUCUGUACCAGUGCUAGUCUCAGAUAAGCUGAACAGCAGUUCCCCAGGAGAAAAGGUGAAUUCUGAAUUGCAAGCUACAUCCAAGUCAGGGAACAAGGAAACUUUGGAUGCAGAACAGUUGCUUGCUGCUAUCCCUAAGACGAAGGAAGAACUAUUUGCUUAUGAUGUUAAUUGGGCAAUUUAUGAUAAGCAUGGAUUGCAUGAGAGAAUGAGGCAUUGGGUUUCAGAGAAGUCGAUUGAAGUUUUUGGCGAGGAAAUAGCAGAGUUUGUGGAAUAUGUUGUUGCAUCAACCAAAGAGCAUGUAGACGCACCUAGAAUGUUGGAGGCCCUUGUAUCUCUUAUGGAUGAUUCUGCAGAAAAGUUUAUUCUCUCGUUGUGGACGGAACUUAUAUUUGAAAUUAAGAAAGCUGAAACCGGAUUAGCAUGAAGACAGGGGGAAUGUCACUAUGUCAGUGCCUUCUCGUUGCUCAAGGUCGACGGGUAAUCACAAAGAAAUUGGCUUGGUUCCUUCUCGUUGCUCAAGGUCGGUGAGUAAUCUCAAAAGAGAUUGGCGGAUGACAACCCUUCCUGGCUACCUAUGAGCUGCAGUUGUUGAUAUCUUGGAAUGAAGCAGUCAUUCUGGGCACUGUGUUCUCCUGGCUAUCCUGAAUCUUUCGCUGAUGAAUGUAGAUAGACUUUGCAUGUUGGCAUUAACAGCGUGCUGUUGGCGAGAUCAGUUUGUGUUGUAAGUGGAGAAGAAGUGAAAUGGGACUCUUUUCAGCGUGUCCCCCAUGCGGGGAGUCUCUUCGUAGAUAGGAGUAUUAAAUUGAUAAAGCAUAUUUAUUCGGACUUGCUACCGUUCAUUUUUUUUCCGGACUUGCUA